UCAAUCAAGGUAAAUGCCUGUACAUAUGACAGGUGUAGAGUAAGAUCAGUCAAGGUAUACUCAACUUAAGAACAGAGAUCACCCUUGAACUACAAGCUGAUAUUAUAAUAUCCUGUCUUUAAAAUGGUUAUCAUCCCAGUACUAGUUUUCUCUCUUUUCAUGGUAACUUCUGUAUUUACCUAUGAACACACACAAGAAAUUCGUGUAGUUGUAUUUGGUAAAACAGGUGUUGGAAAAAGUUCAUUGGCUAACGUCUUGUUGAACGAGGAUGUUUUUCUGACUGGUGUGAAUCUCAACUCCAUGACCACUAAAUCUCAAGCAGCUGCACGGAUAGUUAAAUUUCCGGAAGUCGGUAACAGACGUCUAUUAAUUGUUGAUACACCAGGAAUGUUUGAUACAAAACACAGUAAUGAGGGAAUCGCUAAAGACAUUGUUGAACUCUCUAUACCAGGACCGCACGUGUUUAUUCUGGUUAUCAGCGCGACCCACAGAUUCACAAAAGAGGAUGAAGAUAUCUUUGAAGAGUUAAAAAAGACGUUUGGUGACGGGGUUACUGAUUAUAUGAUUGUAGUUUUUACGUCCAAAAAUGGGCUGCAAAUUAGCCAGAGUGAAUGUCUUGUAACUGCGCCGGAAACCAUAAAAAACAUUUUGAACUUGUGUAAUAUGCGUUGUGCGUUCAUCGAUAGUGAAAAGCCCGACGAAAACGACAUUGACGCUAUUUAUCGACUGAUCACAAGACUUGUUCGUAGUAACCAUGGAAACAAUUACACGAAUUCUAUGUACGACGAGACAGCCAGAAACGCUGAGGAAGAACAAAAAUACAAACGAGAUCAAAAUAAAAGAUGGUGGUGCAAAACUAUUGCUGAAGUGAUGAAGUUGUGUGGUGUUGCUGCUGUAUCGUGUACUCAAGGUUUCAGUUUGAUAUCUACUGUGGCUGGUCUUGUAAUUCACAGUAAUUGCUAAGCGUUAUUAAUUUUAUCUUUAUAUAGGGAAAUGGGAAGCCGGGUAAUAAAUAACCAGUCUCACGUGUUACAUAUAAACAACAUUAUCCAGUUUCCGUCCAACUAACAUAUACAACCGUGUUGCAUACAGUUAGUGAACAGUAGCUAGUCUCCGUCCAACUCGCAUAUACAUUCGCGUUUCAUACUGAAUAGGGACACAUAUCCGUCCAAAUAUCAUGUAUCAUCGUGUUGAAUACAGUUAUUGAACAGCAACAAGUAUCCGUCUACAUACCAUACACACGUUUUACAUCUGCACACCGCGUUCAUUAGACUUAUGCCCGGCUUUCACGUGGCCUACGAAUCCAAACUUUUCCCGAUUCGUAGAUAAAUCGUAUACGGUUCUUGAAGUGAUUUUUGAAACAAAGUCUUUUGUAACCUGCUUCCAUGUGGGCUACGAAUGACACGAAUCGUCCCGAAUCCAAACUUUUUCCGAUUCGUAGAUAAAUCGUUGACGAUUCUUGAAGUUCGUGAGUGAUUUUUAUUUACACACUCGUAUUGUCGUAGCAGUUCGUAGAUCGGCCACGAGAGUUUGUCAAAAACAUUCGUAGAUGUAUCGUAAACCCGUCGUAUCCCUUUCUUAUCGCCCGUAACAGCUUCCUCUUUGAUUCUUUGACGAAUAGUGCCAAAUAUCGUACACUUUUCGUAGCUUUAUCGGCAUCAUUCGUGGAAAGUGUAGUGUAUUUCUAACCGAUUUCGGCUAAUCCUUUACUCAUUCGUAAUUUCGUAUCGGGAUCGCUUCAAUCCAUAUAAAUGAUUCUUUCAUUUCGUACGCUUCCUUGACACCCGGCAUAUUUUUCACCCGGUUAUACCCACGAAUUAUUGUAACUGUUUCCUAGUUGAUAUAGAUUCUCUACGAUCUUUUUGAUGUUUUUGCCGAAUCGCCAAGAAUUUCGAUUGGCGACUAUUAGGGGCGAUUCGUAGCAUUUGUACUCUACGUGAAAGCAGGGGAUUAUGCUGGUACUUAUGUAUCCUGCAUAAUAUCAAAACGUAUUUAGGAGAACAUUGUUUUCUGGUGUUAUACUGAAGACAUUGUCAGCUAUUCGUUUUAAUGCCGUUUUGCAGACUGCAUCUGCAUCUCUGUAAUUUCAAAUAAAACAUCCCUGCGAUCCCGUCAUUAAUAUAUUUAUUAUGUCUAUAUUCAGGUUAUUCAUUUGAAUUACAGACAAAAUAUGCGAGUUAUAUUCCAUUUUUGCUUGAUAAUUAUAACCAAUAGGUUCGAUAUAACCAGCUAAAGGUCGAUUUUAACUUCAUUAUGAUAAAACAGCAUUUUAUCAAAAUCCAACAUCAGUUUCAAAUGUUUGUUAAAUUUCUGAUUUGGUGACUGUAGUGUGUAAAUGUCUACUGGGCGAGACUGUUCAUCUUAUAAUGCAGUAGUCCAGCAUUCACUAUAUGGAAGUCGAUCAGCACCCUUCGCCCCUGAUUGCCUUCGCUUUAACCAAGUGCAGACCCAAAACCCCGACAAAGGGCCCUAAUCGUCGCGUUGCUAUGAAGUUAAUCAGUGUGAAGCUAAGAAGUCGUGCCACGAAGUCAAGAAAGGGAGUUACGUCCAUUUGAUAAGGCCAACUUCACAACGCUAACCCUGACCCUGGACCUAGCCCAAAUGCUUUCCCUAACCUUCAAUCUCGCCAACAAUCACGUGCCCUAACCUUAUUUACAUCUCAGCGACCUUGACGAAAAUUGAGCUGGCCUUAAAAAAAAAUAGAUUUAGCCAAGAAAGGGCAAACCUUUAUUUUCCUAU